GCCAUGGCCUUGAAUUUGAAACCUCUUCUAAUUGUUUAUUCCCUGCUGGUUUCUGGUCUAUUGGCAAUCCCACCAGCUGAAGCUCAACUUGGGGGACUUCGGAACCUCCUUGGAUUUACCCGCAUUCAAGGGACUGUGUAUUGCACUGCCAAUGGCAAUAUUGGUGUCAAUGGUGCAGCAACCACAGUAUUCUCAAUUAAGUAUUCAAAUGCUCCGGUUCAAUUGCAAUGUAGAGGUAGAAAUGUGGUGUCCAGUACAACUACCAAUUCUUCAGGAUCAUUCUCAAUGAAGUUGGGUGCAACAGAAUCCCUUCUAUUGUCUCUCCUCAGCAAUUGCAAUAUAGUUGUCAAUGCCGCACCCGUCACUUGCAACGCCACCCUGCCGGCCGGUGGAAUUCUCCAAUCAGGCUUAAAUCUUGUAAGUGGAGUCCUUGGUGGCCUCGGCAUUUCCGAUCUCAUCCCUGCUGGUUUCAGUUUCCUUCCCAUCACUUAGCCAAUUCAAAGUAGUACCCUCAGUGGGUAUUUACUCUGUUACUGCUACCAACUACUAUCACCCCAUGAAUAAGCCAAGCAUCAGCGGCAUUUCAGCUAUAAGCUCUUCGUUUUACUGUUCCAAAGUGUACAAUAUAAAUCAGGGUUUAGCCUUCUAUCUCCAUC